AUGAAGUACGUUCCUCUUCGCGACUUCCAAGUCAUCACAGAUGCCCUCAACUUCUCGACCACCGACCUGCACGUCAUUGGCAGCUGCGACCUUUACACAACGAAAGCUGCUGGUAGCGACAAGAAGCUGUACAAGAACAUUGAAAACUCGCUUGAAAAGGAACACGGAAACCUGUUGCGCUUGGCCGCAUCGCUAUCGCCCCCAUCAAUUCCCAUCGACAGCAGGAAGAAAGAGCGCAAGCCAUCAGUCCACAUGCCCGAGAUCAAUCUUUCCCGCGACAGCCCUUUCGGUUCUUUUAACCAGAUCAGCGCAAGACGAACAUUCGCCUAUCUUAUCGCGACCCUGAACGCAUCACACCCUGACUACGACUUCUCACAUAUCCUCCGUCCUACCGACUUCCGCAAGACAACAGGCACAGCAAUCAGGAGAAGCGUCGAUAGCACCCUCAUGAACAUGCGCCCUCGUCGCAUGUCCACUCUUCUGUCACCUCAUGCCAAAUCGUCUCUGAGUGCUGGUUCACCUCAAGGCAUCACUUCACCAAAUGCAGAGUUUGUAUGGGGCGAGCAUAUGUGGAAGCUGAUGGACAAGGAGAUGGACCUCAAGGCCUGUGAGAAGUACACAUGGGAUCCUGAGGACGAUCCCUUUGAAGGCGAAAGCGCUUUGUGGAGUCAACACUACUUCUUCUUCAACAAGGACAAGAAGAGAGUCUGCUACCUCAAUUUCCGCUCGUUCAGUGUCUUGUCACACUCACCCGCCAACGGUAUGCAUCCGCGCACCGUCCCCAUUACCAAUCCUGGAGUUGGUGAGGGAGCAGGAAAGAGAGCCCAGUACUGGCUUGGCCACAGUGUCGAUGACGACGAUGUCGACAACUGGAGAGAGGACGACGAUCUCGAGUUUGAUGACUCGAUGAGCAUCGACAACGACAGCAAUGAAGGCGAGUACAGGAAUGACCUUGACGAUGUCCGCGACAAGCUCGAGGACGGCUACUACGCCUGGGCUGAUGGCACUGUUGAUUCGACCGAUGCCUCUGGUUGGGAUCCUCGUCGCAUGCACCGUGGCUCUAGUGAGGGUCCGGCUGAUGCCAUGGAGAUCUGA